AUGAACCUGACAACGAUAACCAGACAACUCCCGUGCCCCCCCAUUCAGAAGCCCUCGGAGACUCGAACUUUUGGGACACUAUACCCAGGACAGUGGGACCCACCGUCUAAAAUCUACGAAAAAGCUGAUCACCCUGACAGCCCCGAGAUUAAUCACCUACUAUAUCAUGGUCUCAGGAUUUACGACAAAACGGAUGUUAGCCCAGAGACGCCACAUUCGACAGGUCCAAUAUUCGACCAAACGGCUGGUCCAUCCUCUCCUCCAGGAAAAAGGGUGCGGUUGUCUCCACUACCUUUCACUCCACUCACAUCACCGGUCAAGAGCAAUGAAAGUGGUCUUGGUUUCGCGACCCACGCAACAACACCCAAUGCGUUUAAAGCCACAGCUUCGUCCAACUCGCCUCCUCCCUUCGGACGUCACACUUCUGUUAAUGAGAAUCAGACUGCCGAAGAUCCCUUCGUCGAUCUCACAACAUCUAAAGACCCACCGAGAUACGUUCCAUCUAUGCUCGAGAACCUUCUCGCUAAGGAAUUUUUCAGCUCUCCACUAAUUCCGGCUUUGGAUCUCAUCACCCCACUCCCAGAGAAAGAAUGGGAUCUUUUCCAAAGCAUUCUCAAAACCCACAUCGAUGUGUAA